GGAUACCGCCAGAGAGAGAGAAACACCGCCCGCCGCCGCCUUGUUUUUCAGUCCCUUUUGCCCAACAGUCAAGUUCAGUUGCUUGUCUAGCUGCCGACCAGUACGGACGUGUUUGUCCCCGUUUCUCCUGUUUCAAGUUCUUCUGUGUUUUGUUUUGGGGGAGAGAACAAUAUCAAAGAAUUUUUUUAUCAACGAGUUUUUUGUUUUACUCUGUGCGUGCGUGUUCGAACGACAACUGCAAGUUUGCAAUUCUUAGUGCGGCCGGUGUUUGUGUUGUUGUGCCAAACGAUAAACAAACUCGACUGUUGUGCACGCACACGCUUUUCUCUCAUGGGAUACAUUUGAAAAAUCAAAUAGCGGCCAACGCCAACACUUUUUGCAAAGAAUCAAAAAGAACAGCUCUUGAUCACAUGGACGACAAGAUGGAAAACGUCGAUGCUGGACGUCGGCUGCAGGAAUCGACCGUCAAUGACGUCGCCUCUAGGAUGAUGAGGACCGGAAACGCCACACGCUGCUUGAUGGCUUUUCUCUUCCUAUCGGCUUUGGUCGAAGGAAUGAGAGCUGCUCCAACGCAAGACGGAUCUAUCCGGACGGAUAUUUCCGCCCUUUGCACGGAAUGCCCGGCUGGUACGGGCGUCGCACGACUUUGUACGUUACGAGGCCGGUCCAAUCCGUUAGCGAUUGAUCACCAACUUCAUCAGAACGUAACUGAAGAAGAAGAAGAAGACGAUGAAGCAGUGGAAGAAAUGGCGACCAAGUGCGAGCCGUGCGUGAGCGGCGCCACAUUCAGCGAUUCGGCCAGCCGUCACUGGCCGUGUAGGGCGUGCCGGACGUGCCCGCCCAAUAGUCGAGUCAAGCGCGAAUGUAACGCCACUCACGACACGGAGUGCGAGUGCGAUCGCGAUCAUUACCAGGAGAUCAGCUAUCAGCAAACGGUCAUCACCAACGAAUUGGCUCAACCGGACGAGGGCGUCGACGAUGCGACGACGCUGCCUCUUCACGCCCGGCACAAGCACGGAGCCUCGUUCCGUCAACAACAGCCGAUCAUGACUUGCAAAUCGUGCGACUUGUGCCCGCACGGCUACGGCGCUGCUCGUCCGUGUUCCUCUACUCACAACACGAUCUGCCGCAAAUGCCCCACGUCGACGUACAGCUCCGUUCUCAGCGCCACUCACGGCUGUUCUGUUUGCACCGUCUGCCGCGACGAUCAGGUCACGCUCAACGAGUGCACGCCCAUCCAGGACACUGUCUGCGCAGAUAAAGACAUGGGACAUCCGAGCCGACGAGUCAUCACGAAACCUUUAGAUCCGGUUGUCCACCAACAGGAAGAAGAAUACAACAAUGAAGGCAUCAUCUCUGUCUAUUGUGCCAUACUAGGAGCGAUUGUUCUCGGACUUCUCAUCUACGUCGUGAUGAAGCAAUGGCGUCUGAGGAAGGCUGCUAAUAAAUUAGCUCAUUUUCACGAUCCCGCUAGAGGACAUCACGGCAGCUCGGCGACGGUCCCGCUCAACGGAACGGCCGGCCAUCACGCGGCCAACAACGAAUUUUGCGGCUCCAAAUCGCCGACUGUAGGCCACAACAAAUUCGAGUGCGAGAUCUCACCCAGUUCCAGCAGUCGGCGGCUGCAUCAGCAACAUCCAGCCUUGCACGGACAAGGCGGAUCGGAAGGCGGUUCACGCGGUUCUCGCGGAUCUGAUUCGGAAUUCAACGCCGGAAUGGCUGCGCCCGGGAGCGACGGUUACGGCCGCGAACUCAAGCCGAUUACUCAAGAGACUCGUCUAAGAGAAAUCUGCACAGCCAAACGUCGUGAAAUGGAGGCCAUGUUGAAUUCCCGCCGAGACCAUCACGACUGGAAAGCCCUAGCCCGUGAUCUCGGUUACACGUCGACCCGUAUCGCAUCGUUCGAACAGCGAGCGCUGGAGAAACAAACGGGACCGACCAGACACCUGUUCGGCGAUUGGGCCAAACGCGAGGAUUCGACGGUCGAGAAUUUGGUCUCGUCAUUGUGCAACAUUGGUCGGCAUGACGUCACGCUGCUUCUCUUGCCGCCUAUCAACCAAGAGAAUCAUCAGCAGACGACCUCUUCACAAUCCCGUCCGUCUAACAGCCUGCCGAGAACGACGACACGCUGUUACAAGCCAAUCAGCGUCGUUUAAUCUCGUUGUUCACCUAGUGGUUUGUUUCUGUUGUUCGCUAUGUAUAUCAUCACUAUCUUCUCCACCUUAUUAUAUAUGCACAUAGAUUACGGAAAAUGGACUUGUACAUAUCAAUGGCAUUUUUUAAAAUGUAUAUCUUUUCUUUUUUUAAAUUUUGUUUUUGCUCAUGUUUUCGGUUCUUUUUCUUACGUUCGAACCCACUUCUCUCGGCGCAGUCAUUUUGCUGUUGUUUGUUUUUUUGUUUUUUUUUAAAUUAGAGCCUCAAACAUUUUUUGAAUAUUAAUGUACAUACGUUUGCUUCAUUUUUGCGUCCUCGGCAAAAGCGUAACGAGGAUAACCACCGUCAGAAGACUCCUGAUAUUAUCAUCACCCCUACCUAUUUUAGACCAUCAUUUUUAUUUCUUUUUAAUAUUACGAAAUGUGGAAGAGAAAAUCAAGUAGAUUCUCGAUUUUAUCAAACAGUUCCCCGCAAUUCGCCGUUGUCUGCAAAAAUCUAAAAUCAAAGAGUUUUUUUUUUUUUUAGUUCUGAUCUUUUUCACCUGUUCCUCUUCUGAACGGGAUAUGUUCCCACCCUCCAAUCCCACACGCCGAGUAUUAGAAUUAUCGAAAGGAAGCAAGAAGAACUUUUUUCCGCGUCUGUAAACGAAGACGUUUUUUAACGGUCGACAUAAUGCAAAUGUUAGCGUGUCAUUAAAUCGUAAAAUUCGGUAAAAGUAAAAACAAAACAAACAAAAAAAGAGAGAGAGAGAGAGAGAGAAAGAAAAAGCAAACGAGGAAAAAGAGGUAGAAUGAGGAAAAAAAUUGAGGUCAUUAAGAUUUAUGCGAUUUUAUAACAACCGACCUGUACAUAUUUUUCUGUACGCGAUGUGUGUGUAUCAUAGUAAAAAGAAAACGAGAGAGAAAUCUGAAUGUAAUGCCUAAACAAAUUGUAUAACAUGUGCAUACCUGUAUACUUUUUUUUUUUUUACAUAGAUAUUGACGUGUGUUGUUUCUUCAAAGAAAAUGUUUGUGUUUGUGCCAGAUAUAUUGCAUGCCAGAUUCGAAUAAAAACACCCCUGUGAAUUUUUACUUGAAAAGAAAA